UUAAAAAUAGAUAAAAUAAAACAAUUUAUUUUAUUUUAAUUAUGGAAAUAGAAAUAUUAGACGAAGAAUUGUCUAAGAAAUUUUCUAAAGAAAAAACUCAGAACUUAUCGUCUUCGCCUUUAUAUUAUCUUCAGAAUUCGGAUGAAAAAAAUCCAUAUUUAACUCCAGAUCUAUCAUCAUGUGCUGAUUUAUAUCCUUCAUUGUCUCCACAAUAUACAUAUGAUUCUUUUAACAACUUUCCUUUUCUUCGUUUGGAUGAAUCAAAAGCAGUCUAUAUUGGACGUUCUAGUCAAUCAUGCAACCUUUCUAUAUCCAAAAAAAAUAUGUUUAUUAGUCGUAUCCAUGCAAAGCUUGAAUAUCAUUCGGAAAAUAAGGCAGUUUAUGUUACGUGUCUAGGAUGGAAUGGUAUGUUACUUCAUAUUCAAACAGAACAUGGGCCUAGAAAAAUAAGAAAAGGGGAGACAAGUGUUGUUGAAUGGGUGCCGAACGUUGGUUCUAUUAUUGUUGAAAUUGCAGGGUCAUAUUCUCGAGUUUUAUGGCCUACAUCUUUAGAACUCUCAAUUGACAAUAAAACACGUAUUGAUGAAAUCAACUCACCUUAUACUAAUAAUGAAAAUGUUCAGCCAUUUUCUCAAAAAAUAUAUCGUAAUUUGGGAUUUUAUAAAAAUAAACCAGAAAGGUCUCCUUUGAAAAGGUUAACUUAUCAAGACUUUGAAAAUACUAGAAUAUAUGAUUCAUCAAUAUUUCCUAAUUCUAAUUAUUUUCCUCUAUCAGCAUCUUUAGAUAAUAGUGACACUUAUGUCAAUCAUAGCUCGGAUAAUCCUUAUUCAACUUUUUUGUCUACAGAUAAAGCUAAGAUAAAUACGAAUAACUCUUUGUCUGUAGAUAUCAAAAAUUUUGGUCCAGAGCCUGAUUCCAUUGAUUCUAGUUUGCUUGAUUCUGUUUUAACAACUCUUGCAUUUUCUCCUUUAAGUGCUGUACCUUUAUCUACACUUACAUGUUUAUUUCCUAGUACUUUUUUAAAAGAAGAUGUUGAAAAAUGGCUAAGAAAUGCCGGACAAUUUAUCGCAGAAAUAAAACGAGAAGGAAAAGAUGCUAGUGGAAAACCACUUGAAAAUCAAUGGUAUUAUGUCCCUGAAAAAGAUGAUAAUGAGGAAAGAAAAGCAAGUCUACUACCUUUUAUAAGGCCAAUUAGACAAUCAAGAAAAAUACAUAAACAGUAUUAUUGGAAAAAGCCCAGGUUACCAACUUCAAAUAAUAUAACAGCCCUUACAUUUGUAAAAAAAAAAAAGAAAAUUUCUCGGUUAACUUGA